GGUCUUUAUCAGAGCUCCGGACACGAGCCGCUAUGCCGGGGUCACUGAGGCCAUUCUAUUGGCCACCACUCCUGACGCAGACCACUGGAGCCUAUCUAGCAUUGACAUGCCUUGUACCACCAUGUCUCCCUCCUUUAAUCUCACCUCGUUUUCACUGUGUGAUGCAUACCAGCAACUCAUCUGCACUCCACCUCAGCCGCAAGCCGACAUACCCCCGCUGCAAGGUUUCGCCCAGCUCUCGAUGCACGAGUACGCUGUCUCCCCUGCCGCCCUCCAGAUAUCCUCACACCAAGUAGUCGUCCCUGUGACCCCCAAGUCUCAAUUCAACUCGAUACCUUCUACCCCCGAAACUCAAUUCUAUUCUAUCCCUUCUACUUCCUCGAGCGGCAGCAGUGCUUGGACGACCGAUUCAGACCCUGCAGACUCGGACUUUGCUCCUUCACCACGCCCUAAGCGCGCCUCAGGUCACACGCGCAAGACCGCGAGGGCUUCUCCCGCCGCGCAGCGCGCGCCGAGGACGCGCCAGCGGUUCUCACCGUACUCAUCCGCGCCAUCGAGCCCCUACUCAUCCGAGUCCAGCUCCCGCGCGCCCGCGAUCAAGUACACGAAGCGCCGCACGCAGCAGGUCGACGCGGAUUCUCCGGUCGCAGAGCCCGAGACGGAAGGCCCGCGGGCGUACAUGUGCCCGCUCUGCGAGCACCACCAGACGAACCGACACCUGCCGGACCUGCGCCGGCACAUCCUGACGCACUACCCUCACGCGCGCAAGCACGUGUGCCGCGGCGUGCGCCACGCUGCCGCACCGCCGGGCGCGGUCGAGCGGUUUGGCGUGGUCGAGGAGGACGGCGGCGAGGAGCGCGUCGGCGGGUGCUACCAAGCGUUCAGCCGCCACGACGCGCUCCUGCGUCACCUCCGGAACACGAACGUGGUCUGCCUGUACGAUGCCGCGGAGCUCGAGCGCAGGGUGGGCAGGCGCAAGGCUAGGGAGGCUGCUCCCAAGGCCCAAGCGAGGCCCUGCAAGGACAAUGGCAAGGGCAAGGCGGGCUUGCGCAAGGCACGGCAGUGACGUGCCACGCGUCGCCUCAGUGCUUCUGUAUGGACUGCGUGGACAGGGUUUCGAAUGUAUCUUUUUUUAAGGUUAUCUCAUUUCUCCUCUCAUAUAUGCUUCUCUUUCUCCGAACGUCUCUGUAUCAGUUGUAUCUCUCAAUUCACCUGCUCCGAGGAUCUCAAUGUUCAAUCCCAGACUCUUU